AUGGUGUCUCUCUCAGCCUUUGUUUUCUUGUCAUCAUCUUUUUCAUGUUCGAGAUCUGAUUCCAAAGAGCGCUCAAGAAUUAAGUCAAGAUUGCCAUUAAAGAUUUCAGGACGAACCUCGUAUACGAUAUAUCGUGCAGAAAAUACUUCUCGUGAACAACUUCUUAUUCCUUCAGAUCAUAACAUCGUCGAACCUAUUCAAACUUAUCAAGGAUCACGUCGAUCUUCAAUUGGCCAAAAUUGGCACGUGUCAAAUCACUCGAAAGGCACAAAAACCGAGGAAAAUAAUUUAAAUAGGGAGUUUGGAAGUUAUUAUCUACUUGCAGUGACAUCAGGACCUGCUCCUUCAACGAAAAGAUCACUACCAGAAAAGGGAAAGUCGAUAACAAUGGCAUCAAAGUUUCCCUCUUCUGCUGACGGAACCAACAAUAUCUUUGGAGAAUCGUUUGGAUCGGCAACAAAAGAUGUACAGGGCGAACGACGCAGAUCAUAUGGCAUUGGUGGAGCGGGGAACAUCCGCAAACCAUCCGAGGUGAUUUAUACUCCGCGAGAGAGACGUAGAUCUAGUAUCUUCGGUAGUCCCUCGACUUCUUCAUCCGUCUCUCCCGAUACGAAGAAGGAAAACUUCUUGUCAUGGUUUGGAAUCGGGAUUGGCAAAAAAGAUGAGAGAUAG